CAAAACCCUCUCGUUGUUCCAUUUCAUUUCAUCUCUUCCCGACGGCGACGAAGAACGCCGUCACGAGCUCCGGCCAGAUCAAAUCCGAAGCAUGAGGAGGAUGUUUCGGCCAAUGAUUCUGAGCAAUCUGAUUCGAUCUUGCUCGAGAGCUACGCGUUCAAUUAAUCGAUCGUCGAUGAUGUUUCGUCUGUACUCCACCGAAGUGGAACCACAGUUAUCUCCAGAUCUUAUUAAGAUAAUGGAUGAGAGACUAUCAGCUAUAGAACACCGUAACGCUAUUCUCCAGAGGCUUAUUAACCAGCCUGAGUACUCACAAGAAGAGUUUUCAAGAGCUAACAAGGAGCUUCGGAAGCUGAGAGACUCUAUGGAGCUGAUCAGUUCCUUGAGGGCUAUUCAAAAGGAGAUUGAUGGGCUGAAGAGUCUGGUUUCAGAGAGCUCGGAUGAUAAGGACAUGCUUGAUAUGGCUGUUAGUGAGUUAGAUGAGGCGGUGGAGGAGGAAAAAAGGCUUCAGACUUUGCUGCUUAAGUCUUUGCUUCCUAAAGAUGAAGCUGAUGAGAGGGAUUGCAUUUUGGAGGUGAGAGCAGGUACUGGUGGAGAAGAGGCUUCUUUGUUUGCCAUGGACAUUUUCAGAAUGUACGAAAGGUAUUCUCAGAAGAAAGGUUGGAAGUUUGAUAUUGUAGACAUCACCGAGUCUGAUAUGAAAGGAUAUAAAGAAGCAAGUGCUGCAAUUUGUGGAGCCAGUGUGUAUGGAAAACUUAAGUUCGAGAGUGGAAUUCACAGGGUUCAGCGUAUUCCCAUCACAGAGAAAUCUGGACGUAUUCACACCAGCGCUGUAUCUGUUGCCAUCCUUCCCCAGGCUGAUGAGGUAGAUGUUCAGCUAAGGAAUGAAGAUUUGAGGAUUGAUACUUACAGGUCUGGUGGCUGCGGUGGUCAGCAUGCCAACACAACCAACAGCGCAGUCCGAAUAAUCCACCAUCCAACUGGGAUCAUGGUCUCCAUCCAAGACGAAAGAUCACAACAUAUGAACAAAGCCAAAGCACUUAAAGUACUCUGCGCAAAGCUCUAUGAGAUUGAAAGGUUGAGAUUACAGAGCAGCCGGUCAAAGCUACGGUCAGAACAGAUUGGCAGCGGAGACCGGUCUGGACGAAUCCGUACGUACAAUUUUCCACAAGGGAGAGUCACGGACCACCGUGUGGGAAUCACUCACCAUGCCAUUGAAGAUAUGAUGGAAGGAGAGAAUCUAGACACCUUCAUCGACGCCCUGCUCUUGCGCCAGGAGAUGGAUGCCAUUGCUUCUUUCAGCUCCACUUCAUGAACACAGAGGUAGACCAGAACUCUUAGCUUGUCAAAAGGGUGUUAGCAGUAGUAAAAUAAAAUAAAAAUUCAUUGAAAGGAGAGAAAAAAAAAGAGAAGGGAUAGAAAGAGGAGGGAGCCAGGGAAGAGGCAGUGCAUGGGAAGAGACCAAACAUAGUCAUUUGAUGUUUUGGUAAAAACUCAAUCCAUGCUCUGCUUGUUCCCUGUCUCUCUCUGAUUACCACUUUUGUCUUCUUCAUUUCAUUGUAAAACAGAUUAAAGAAAAGCUUGCUUGUUGUACCUUUGAACUUGGCAAGUUCCAUGAGUUGAUGCUGUUUUGAUGACAUAGGUUUAAAUAGAUAUUUGGAACUUGUGUUUAUGAUGUACUACACGAGGCAUCACAAGAGAUAUUUGUACUCCUUGUUAUGGAAACUCUUGUACUGCGA